UUGAUGUUGGGAGUCCUCGCCUUGUUUCGAGCUCAAAUGCACUAUUUGUUGCUGCCGAGCAACAUUACUUUCAACUUGCAGGGCCGCUCCACAGCAGAGCAACUUUUGUUUUGUUUUAUACUUUGGCCGUAUCUGAGCGCAACAAUUUAGGGAGGUUUGGGUUAAUAGGAAGUUUCAUUAAUUUUUUUCAAAGGAGCACUCCGCUGAUUAGGGUAAUUUUCAAAGCAACAUGCCUCAGCUCAGUAGUGGCGGAGGAGAUGAUCAAGGAGCAAACGAUGAAAUGAUAUCCUUCAAGGAUGAAGGCGAACAAGAUGAGAAAAUUCAAGAAAACGCUUUCACAGAAAGGGACUUAGCUGACCUCAAGUCGUCUCUGGUGAAUGAAUCGGAGACAAAUCAAAGUUCGAACGCAGCGGCGGUCAGACGAAGUCAGCAAAACGAACAUAGAGGUUAUCAAGAGAAACACCGGGAGCAUCUCGACAGCGUGUCCAAACAUCAAGAUGGAGGGAUGUAUAAAACAGCGUAUCCAGGGUACCCGUUUCUCAUGCUGCCUGACCCAUACAUCCCCAACGGAUCCGUGUCCCCAUCUUCCAACAAAGUUUCAGUGGUCCAACAGUCUCACGGGAUGCACCCCCUGACGUCCCUGCUGCCCUACAGCAACGACCACUUCAACCCCAGCCCCCCUCACCUGCCCACAGACAUGAGUCAGAAAGGCGUUCACAGGCCCCAGUCCCAAGACAUCUCAGGUUUCUACUCCCUACCCCCUGGCGGUGUAGGACAGAUGCCCCCCUCCAUGGGCUGGCAAAGUCAGCCUGUCUAUCCCCUGUCCUCAUGUGGAUUCAGACAGCCCUACUCCUCCAGUCUCCCCAACAGCUCUUCCUACCCCAGGUUCUCUCACUCUCUGAUGCUGGGGCCAGGCAUGCACCCCACGGGGAUCCCCCACCCAGCCAUCAUGCCCCCUUCAGGCAAACUGGACCAUUAUGACAGGAACAUGUACGCUAAGCCUCACCAGGAGCCCAAGCGGGAGAAGGAGCCCAAGAAGCCGGUGAUCAAGAAGCCUCUGAAUGCUUUCAUGCUGUACAUGAAGGAGAUGAGGGCCAAGGUGAUCGCUGAGUGCACACUGAAGGAGAGCGCUGCCAUCAACCAGAUACUGGGCCGAAGGUGGCACGCCCUGACCCGGGAGGAGCAGGCCAAGUACUAUGAGCUGGCCAGGAAGGAGCGGCAGCUACACAUGCAACUCUACCCCAGCUGGUCCGCCAGAGACAACUACGAUGCAGGCCUUAGAGGGUGCGCGGGGGAAAAGAGUAAAGCUGAUUGGGGCAAGAAGAAGAGAAGAAAAAGAGAGAAGCAGCAGGACUCCUCAGCAGACCCUGGCUCUCCUAAGAAAUGCAGAGCUCGCUUCGGCCUCAACCAACAAACGGACUGGUGCGGUCCCUGCAGGAGGAAAAAGAAGUGCAUUCGAUACCUUCAAGGAGGAUGGUGCACCAGCCCCACUUCUUCCGAUGGAAGCGCUAUAGACUCACCCCUCUCCCCCGUUGACGGCAUCCCCACUCAGCCUGCUUCCCCCUUGCACAACCUCCUGCACCUCCUGCCCAGCAAACACACACCCCUUAUCCUCUCAAAAUCCACGACCACAGAACUGUCUUUCAAAGCUUUAAUAGAAUCAUCCCAACAGCACGACAAUAUCCAUCAUCAUCAUGACUGUACCCUGCCCAAGUCUCACUAGCCAGCAGCCUCACCUGCCCUGUCCCCUCUCACACUGCCUCCCACCAUUCCAACACACAGACACAACCCAACCCAAUCAGGACCAGACCUGGAGUGGGAAGCAACACACUGGAGACAGACCUUCACCACAAAUAUCCCCAAACAACAAGGGAGCCUACGAGUCUGGGAGAGGAUCAAGGAUGACAUUCACAUCAAUAUGACUGACUGACACAUGACUGAUUUAUUAAGUGCUCAUGUCAUUUUCACAUUGCUGUACUGAAGGCAGUACUGUAUGUACAGGGAUGACUGCUUCUAUUCAAACUGCCUCAAGUCAAAUUGAUUCCUUUUCCAAAGAUUUUUACAGAGUACUGUGCUCCUCCUUUUCAUAAGACUUACAUUCAGAUGUGUCAAAGGAACCUUUUCCAACAUAUAGUAUUUAUAUUGAUUAACAAUGUGAUAUAAGGUUGAAACUAUAAGGUAGAAAUGAUAUAUUUUUUCGCUGAGUAAACAUGUCUCCCCUUGGAGAGAAUCAUCUCUAUGUUAUAUUCAUUU